GUUUCUCAGGCUGGUGGCCCUAGAACCACACAACCAAUAGUAAACCAUACUUACAUAGAACCAGGUAGGGUUGUCAGUGACUUAGCACUUGCAUCCCUUCCCUGUUCUCAGUAUAGUGGGGAAUUGCUUCUCAAAGACUAUGUAGCUGAAUGGAUGGCAGUAGGCCACAUAGCUUCCAACAUGAUAAUGGCUGGUGAUGGCAAUGCAGACAGCCUCUCUCCUUAGGAGCAAGCGUUCACUAUGGUUCUGGUUAUGAGUUGAGUUCAUAUAAUAGCUCCGUAAGCUAGCAAAUGGGCAGAGGACAGGAAGCUGAGCCGGUGGUAUAUACUUCCUUGAGCCUUGCUAGUUACCACCUGCAUGACUGAAUCAAGGAGCAGCAGCUACCCCAGUGGUCUGUUCCAGUGUAAUUGUACCAGAGACACUCGGGAAAUAGAUAGACGGUUGGAAAAGAAACUGAAGAUUACACAAAAGGAAAGCAGAAAAUCAAAAUCUCCUCCUAAAGUGCCGAUUGUCAUUCAGGACGACAGCCUUCCCUCAGGUCCUCCUCCACAGAUCAGGAUCUUAAAGAGGCCCACAACUAAUGGUGUGCUUAGUAACCCCAACUCUGUGAGCAGACCAGCUUAUCCAGUAAAGUCUCUGGCACAGAGAGAAGCAGAAUACGCAGAAGCCAGAAAACGAAUUCUGGGCAGCGCAAGUCCAGAAGAGGAACAGGAGAAACCCAUUCUAGACAGGCCAACAAGGAUCUCCCAGCCAGAAGAUUCCAGGCAGCCCAAUAAUGUGAUACGGCAGCCACUGGGCCCUGAUGGUUCACAAGGCUUCAAACAACGCAGAUAGAUAUGGGCAAGAGAUCACACUGUCAAAAGCAGGGUCAGCUGCCACGGGUUGCACUGCCGUGGUGGACAAAUGGACUUGAGCAGAGGGAACUACCUGGUUUACUUGCACUGUGAUCCCUUUGCUCUGCCCACUGUGACCUUGAACCCCAUGCACUGUGACCCCCUGCUCCACCCACUGUGAUUGGCACACCGACGAGGGCUGUCCCAAGUCACUGUAAAAGGAAGGGGGGUACAUUAAGGACUCUGAACUGAUGCAGAGUCGUGUGUGCCACUUCAGUUGAAGCUAGCGCCAGCAAUAAUGUUUA